GAUCCUCCAGAACUGCAGGCUGUAUCGGAGCACCGAGUUCUGUGAAACAGAUCAUAGAUUAGUUGUGGCUACUCUCCGGGUCCACUUUAGAACCUCCCGUCGGUCCAAUGAACACCUUAGGGUGCUUCAUGUGGACAAAUUGAGGGAGGUUGAGUAUGCCCGUGCGAGGCGUAUCAGAGACCACCUGCUGAGGUACCAGUGGCCAGAGCACACUGGAUUCACUUGUGAUACUGUUGUUGCACUCCAAGCUCUGGCGAGUUUCGAGGCUCACCAAAAGAAAGAGGCUGUCAACCUGGUCAUCACUGUGGAAGGCGAAGCACUUGAGCAUGCAUUCUUUGUAGACGAAUCCAAUAAACUUCUUCAACAGCAAGUGAAUCUGCCAUCACUACCUUCCAAUGUCAUUCUGGACAUGGAGGGAGAAGGAUGUGCCCUUGUUCAGACUGUCCUGAGAUAUAAUGUUCCAGAUGCUACAGCAAGUGAUGCCUUUUCCUUGUCAAUCACCACUGAAACAAUCCCAGAUAGGAAAUGCAUUACAAAGAAGAUUAAGGCUUGUGCUUCCUACUUACUAUCUGAUCAGAAAUCCAACAUGGCUGUUAUGGAAUUUAACUUAAUUUCUGGAUACAUACCACAUAAAGCGGACCUUAAACAAAUUGUUGGUUAUGGAACUGGCAUAAUAAAACGCUAUGAAGUUGAUGGCAGCAGAGUUAUGUUCUACAUUGAUGAAUUUUCACCUGAAGACCUUUGUGUGGAGUUCCGAGUAAUUCGGGAAAUUGAUGUUGAAGAUGCCAAGCCUGGGACUAUUAAGGUGUAUGACUAUUAUCAGCCUGAGUUCUCCAUAAGUAAGAGUUAUGUUUUACCACCUCCAGAUGAAUGCAGAAUCAGUUUGGUUCCCAUUGAAGCUAUUGCCAUUGAAGGAGAUAUCAUUGUAGAGCCAGAAAGUGGAACAACCACUCCCUCAUCAGCUGUUGGAGUUUUUGUUGUAUUAUCAGAUGAAAUGCUUUGGAGAUAAAAGAAAGCGAAAUGAGUAUUGUUUUUCAACAUAAAAGAGGAUGUCUAAUCGUAGCAUGCUUUUUAUAGAUCAUGAUAGCUUGUUGCUAUAGUGUAGUGUUCAUAUUCACCUGUCAAACAAAAAUUAUAUAUAUGUAUAUUGUUUUUGGUUAGGAAACAAAUGGAAUGGGUUUAAUGUGGAUUAAAAAAAAAUCCUUGGUUUGAAAGAAUGAUAACGAAGCCUGCUCUUCAAAGGUAUCAGUAGUUUUAAGGUUAUUUUUAUAUUGUUUUUAUUUUGUUAAAGAAUGAGGUAAACCUUAGAUACCAUAAUAUUCCAUGGUUUGAAAUGUAUGUUAUGAAGGUAUACGUUUCGUAUUUUUUGCAUAAACAUUGUAAAGUUGGGAAGAUAUUUGAACAUGGAAAUAAUUUUGUUAUAUCCCAUGGAAUGUAUCAUAUUUUGGAAAGAUGUUUAACUAUGAAAUAAAAUUUGAAUUGGAUUUUAGUA